AUGAGGAUGCAGCCUGCAAAGAAUAUCAUCCCUACUGGUACACUCGUGUCAUCGAAAUUUUUCACGCAGAUGUUUAUCAUGUUGGAGAAAAUUCAACAACGGAUGAACCUUACAAGAUGGAUUUCUUAUAGCCCUCAACCUGAUGGUCUGGCAGCCAAGGAACAAGAAGAACUCGUAGUCCAUGGGGAGGAGGAGGAGGAGGAGGAAGAGGAAGACAAUGAUGAUGAAAAGUACAAUUAUGGGUAUGAGGAUGAGGAAGAAGAAAGUGAGAGGGGUGACGAGGAAGAGGAUGAAGUCAUGAAGGAGAUCAGGAGUGAGGAAGAUGACAAUGAUAUGGAUCCAUUAGAUGAGUAUGGACAAAAGGCUGGUAAGAAUUAA